AUGUCUAACAAUCCAGAAAUUUACAACGACCAUGCGAACUCUAACAUCAAAUCCUUGACUUGUAAGCCCAAUCUUAAGAAGGUUCUUGCGGUUUUCCUUCAGACGUUGACUCAUAACUUCAGCCUCUUUCGCCGAUUAAGAAAAUCCCUUCUGCGGUCGAGAAAAUAUCAACUAGAUCGGUCAACAAGUUCCACACGGAGAGAAAAGGGAAGGUGAGUCGAAUAUUCAAAAACUUUUUUGAGCUGCAAAUGCAAAAAUAUUAACUGCGUUUAUAUAAAAAAACAUUUUCAAAUUCGACUGACAAAACUAAAAAAAAUGAAGUUCUGAGCAUACAUUCAAUGCAGUGAAAAAGAAAUUUUUUAGAAAUGUGAAAAAUUUGCAAGAGGUUCCGUUACUCUUUAUGGGAUGAGCAGUUUCGUUUUGCGGUCUUCUUUUUUUCAAAUCAUGUUUCUUUUUCUAGAAAAGGUUUUUAGCAAAUUUGUUUUGAUGAAUGAGAGUUUUUUCCAAUCAAUAAGUAUCUUCAUGAACACUUAAAAGAAAAGUUUUCAUAGCUUCGCGUGGCGUUCACCACAAAAAAGGCUCCCCCCAGCUGGCUAGUUUACCAACGUUUCAAUCAGGAAAAGUAUGCAAAGGUAUGAGCAAAUUCUUUUUCGAAAAAUUAUUCAGUUUCAGUGUUGAACUACGCAAUAUAUAACAACUUACAGGUGCUGAUCGAAGCUCCUUAUGAAACUUUCUAUGGCAAUCAAGAAAUGAUAGACCUAUGUCCGUUAAUUGAAAUUUUUUUAAAUGGGAAAUUGAACAAUUUUAGGCACUUUACGCUUCAAGAAACACUUGAAAAAACAGCACAAAAAGACAGUGGAAAACUCGCUUCAUCAACAGAUGUGUAAGUGUUUUUCGGUUUAUUUCUUCUAAAACAAUAUUUGCUCCACGAAUUCAACCGCAAGCUGUCGUAUCAUAAAAAAAGAGCCACAUCAGAACGAUCUUGGUUUGCAAGCGCCCGACAAUUUCGGGUUUUCCGUCGGUGAAAAUUUCUUUAUUUCCCUUCGUUGGAGACAGCGGAAGAUGUGGUUGAAUUUGAAAUCUUCGGUUUGAUGCUAAAAGCGCGUCGCACCGCAUUGCAUUCGGUCAUUAGUGGCGAGUCUAAGCCGUUUCAAGUGGUGAUACAAAAAAUUUUCUCUUGCUCAGAAAACGACAGAAAGUCUACAUCUUAUCAGGCGUUCAUUUUUCAAUAAUAUAUCUGAGGAGUUUUACCAUAACUUCAAAGACAAAAAAAAAUUUAAAGUGGUAUUUUCAGACACUGUUGGAUGGCAGGCCUACCUGCAAUGGUCUCAGAUUGCCGCGUUUUGUUCAAAUGUGAGUUUUGAAAAGUCCAGAAACCAUUGUAAACUUUAAAUUUUAGUCUGAUUGGAAAACGAGGUGA